AUGCCUCGUGCCAGUACAGCCCCAGGGGGGCGACUCCGAUGUCGCCGAGCCUGUGACAGCUGCAAGCGACGCAAGCAGAAAUGCAAUGGCGAGCAGCCCUGUACAAUAUGUAUCCAACGGAACAAGGAACCAGAAUGCCAUUUCUCCGAUCGCCCCGCACGCUUGCUCAAACCCGAAUCCAAGGACUCUACAAUGCUACUCAGCGAACGUAUAGUGCCUUCGCCGCAGCGCGAAACGGCUAUGGAUCGCUUGUUGAAUUCAUUGGAGGACCGCGGCAUGAAUUUGGAGCAACAGGUCAGGGAUGAGAAGGAGGGUACGGCGCCUGUGCCAAAAGUGGCUCGACUUCUGCGUGAUGGGCAAGGGAAGUUCAUGUAUAUUGGAGAUUCGGCGAGCUUGUCCUUCUUACAGAGUGUGCGCCGGGUUGUGUCCUCUUCUAUUGGCCGGUGCGAGUUUACCGAAGACAACUCGCGCCAUUCCAUGUUGGAGGCCUUUCAGAGUAACCCGAGUACCCAGCCCGGACCUCUCAUCCCACCGCCAAGUAAUGAAGAGGCCCAGCGACUUGCGCAGCAAUUUGUCCUUGCUACAAGCCCACUGCUAGAUCUUUUCGAUCUUGAAGAAUUUCAUCCGCGUCUGGCCAAUUGGGUUGGAAACCCAUCUGGUGAUGAAGAUACCGUCAGCUCCAUCUUCUAUCUCGUCCUUGCGAUUGGUGCGCAAGUCUCCGAUAUCAAUCAGACCCUCGCGGAACAGUACUUCAGCAGUGGUCGUCAAUUGGCUUUUUCAGCCUUUCAAGAAACGCCCAGCAUUCACACUAUUCAAUCAUACAUCUUGGUCUCGAUGUACAUGCUUGGCGCAUGCAGGCGGAACGGCGCAUUUAUGAACCUCGGUGUUGCUCUGCGAGCUGCUUAUGCUGUCGGUAUACACCGGAAAGACGCAAAUGCACUUUUCUGUGGUCGUGAAAGGAGAGCUAGAGAACGUGUCUGGAAGAGUCUACGGAUGAUGGAUCUGUUCCUUAGUGCAUCAUUAGGCCGGCCCCCAGCCACAUCGGAUUAUGACUAUGACAUUCGAGACGAUACGCUCGUUUCUGGAGAUCAGCAGCGAAAUUUGACACCCGAUCAACAGCUUUCGGUAGCUGUGAUAUCGCUGUGUCGUAUCUUUGAACGGAUCUUGACGGAUGUCUAUAUGAAACAAUUCAUCUCGAUCAACGUGGCCGAAGCGAUCUCAAACCAACAUCGUGCUUGGGUUCGAACUUUGCCUACAGUCCUCAGGAUGCAAACAGAACGACUGGACAAUAAGUCCAUGGAGGAAAGCCUUGCUGCCGCCCAUGUCUUUGGAUCAUACUACUGGUCGAUUAUCCUCCUAACGCGACCUUUCCUCGUCUACCGCGUGGCUCAGUACGUCAAAAGCAAAGCAGACCAAUCCUCCACAUCCGAAUCACGCAACAGCAGCUCCCGCAUCUCCCUCUUCGCAGACGCAUGUGUCUACUCUGCCCUCCGCGGCCUAGACGUGGUAGAUGACCUCGCCCGAUUCGGUUCUCUCCCACGCCGUCUCCCAUUCCUAAUAAACUCAGUCUUCAACUCGGCCGUCGUUCUCGGCGCAGCCUUCUUCGCCGAUUACGACAACCUUCUCCCGUUGGAAGAAGGUCUCAAUAAAGCAGAACGCUUCCUGGGCCUCUUCGUCCCUCACGAUCCUCACGCAUGUCGUUUCCUUCAGAUUGUGAAGUACCUCCGCGGCGCAGUAGCGGAAUACGUCCAACGACGCAACCGGACAUGGAUGGAGCGCCGAAGCAGACAAGUCGACCAACUCUUCGGUCAAGUCGGCGGCAGUACAGACUCUACAUCCCCCCUCGCCGUCCGUGAUCUUCCCCGACCCAGUCACCGCGAACCCCAGCAAUCCCCCAUAGUCCCAUCACCAUCCUCCUCCGCUAAAUUAGCUGGAAAUACCCCAUCCUCAAUGUUCGCUGCACAACCAGGUGGUGCCACGGCGGGCGCACACGCCUCUGGGACUGAUAUCUGGGACGCCCUCUCGUACGGACCGGACGGCGCACCGCUGUCUUACGACGCUGCUAUCUCGGCGCUGACUACUUCUGGUAUUCCAGUCGGUUGUUCACCCGGUGGUACCAUACCAACAGAUCAAGGUCAACCGCCGAUGUCCGGCGGACCCUCUCCACUUUCUGAUGUGAUGUUCCCGGAGAACGGUCUGUUGUAUAUGGCCGAGGACCUGCCGGUCUUUGGCAUCUGGGAUGACAGCGAAGUACCUUAG